CACCUGAGCAGUGAAUCAUUUCUUUCGGAAUCUUGAUAAUGCAGUGCGCAGGAAACUACUCCCUGCUCUGUCACUAUGCAGAGAUUUUUCCUCUUAGUAUUGCAUGGAGACAUUGAAAGUAGUAAUAUUUUAGUACUGAAACAAACAGAGGAGUUAAGUGAUGGCACAGCAGAGCAUCAACUGCCAUCAUCAACCAAAUAACGCACCGACAUGAGGACAUUUCUGGAAAACAGUUAAAGGGUGUUAACAUGUUCCACAGUCCUGUCUUUGAUAACAUAAACUGACACGGACCUGUAGUGUUUCGAUCAAAACAUCAUCUGCUGCUGCGGACACACAGUUACUCUAAUGCCCUGAAUGAAUUGAGUUUCACUGCAGUACUCUGAGCUCCAGUCCCACUGGCAGAGCUUCAAGCUGGUUGGCAAUCAGGAUGACUAGCACCCUUUUGAAAUCCAGUUGUCAUAACAGUAUCAAAAUGAGACUCUUUAACAACAGGGCAGAAUUUGAAUGAACUAAUUUACCAUAAUACAUAUGGAAAAUCAAAUCCAUCACGCAUGAAACUGUAUAAACCCUUAACUUUCCUUUUUUUUUUUUUUUUUUACAAUCAAUUCAUGAUGCCUGUCUUUGUAUCCUUCCCAACACUUCUCUGUCAUUCUCCAGAGCCCUGACUAUGCCUGUCAGCCCUGCCUCACUGCUCUGCCUAUUCCUCCUGCUGCUGUGUGGGCUGCUAGGAGGCUGGGUGCUGUCCAUCUGCCCCACCGUGUGCUCCUGCAGCCACGGACACCGUGUGGUGGACUGCUCCUCACGAGGCCUAACCAAGCUGCCGCCUGGUCUGCAGCACAACAUCCACUUUCUCAACCUCUCCUUUAACAGUUUGCAGCAACUGGAAAACCAGCUCACCCACUAUGCCCACCUGCGAACCCUGGACUUGUCCUACAACCGCCUGGAGACCCUGCCUCCUGCCUUGCCGCGGUCUCUGUGGGACAUGCGAGUGGCAGGGAACCAUCUACGCUUGCUGGACAAAAACGAUACAGCUUAUCACUGGAAUCUGAAAGUGCUGGACCUGUCGGACAAUGAGCUGGAGAGAGUGGUCUUCAUCAACAACACACUUCCAAGUCUCAAAGCUCUCAAUCUCAGUCACAACAGAUUUUGGACAGUGCCCACCAAUAUGCCACACAACUUGGAGAGCAUUGAUUUGUCUCAUAAUUAUUUGAUGCAGAUCCUGCCUGGAUCGUUGGAUCGGCUGCCGAGGCUGGCUAAGUUCUAUCUGCAUGCUAAUCGCUUCUCCUGGCUGUAUGACGGGAUAUUUGAUAAGCUGAUGGGGCUGGAGGUGAUGACUCUUGGGGAUAACCCCUGGGCUUGUGAAGAAGAAGAAAACAUAACAAAGCUUCUGACGUGGGCUGAGCAGACCCGUGCUACCAUACUAGGCUGUCCCUGCUAUACAAGACCUAUAUGCGGGCAAACUCAUCAGGCAACACCAGGAAGGGAGUGGCACUCUGCACUGUUCACAGAGCCACCACUAUGGGUUAACAGCAGAGGUGAAGAAUAUAAUGGCCAAUCACCUGCAAGGACUGCAGAGAUUACAUCUAAUUCCCAGGUGAAAUCAGCACUUUUUGAGACAGGUAUAUAUCAGGACAAAAGAGGAGUGAAUGAAUCUGGGGACCUCAUGCGGUUUGCCUGGACAUCUCCCACAAGAUUUGACAGUUUCUCAACACACACAAGCACAACACCAAGCCCGGAGUCUUUGACCAAGAGGUCUAAAGUAGCUAACUCUAACCCAGCAGCUAACAGGAAUAAAUGUCGCGGACUCGUCAUUGGGACUCAACAAACAGUAACCCUCACUGUUUUAGUCCUUACAACAGCAUUCAACAACUUCUGAGCCACCAUGACUGGAUACAGGAUACACUACCUAACACAUUGUUUUAGACUGAAUGUAUGACCAAGUAACUCCACUUAGCACCUUCAUUUUCAUUUCUCUUGUAAAAACUAUUGCGACUGUUACUGCCUUUUGUCAUUAUCAUGAAGUGUAUCAUGUUUUCAAAUAGCUCAACGUGUACCACAUGACGUCUCACAAAUACGAACUGUACAAACAACAAGACAAGACAAAACUACUCUAAAUAUCUGAAUACAUAGUUCAACUGAGUACAACUGUCAAUGCUCAACUCUGCACACUGACAAACUGCUGUGCUCUAUGCUUUCUUUAUAAUAGUGAUGCUUAUGGUAUUUGGUCCUAAGCCAUUCAAAACAGGAUUGAUAAUAUACAUUAGAUAACAUUCAUUAGUCUCUACUGGCACUCUGUCAGAGCAGAGAGGAGCCUAAAAAAGCUGACACAACAAAAUAGGAAACUAGAAAUACUGCCUCCCCAACCAGUCAAGUUACAGUUUACAUCCAUGUCUAUCCACACUAAUAAUAUAUGUAGUGAAGACUAUGAAGGAAUUUAAUAAAAGGUAUGAAGUGUACUUUUUGGCAAAAUGGAAGUUAUCACUAUGCUGACAUGUAUGAUUCGAGUGGAUAAUUUCCAGUAAGAAACAUGCUCUCUUCACUUAGAUACCAGUUUUACAGAGUAGUCCAGAGGACAGAUUAGGAGCUUUGUCACAUGGUACAACGACAAGCAACUCAAGCUCAAUAUCAGCUAAAUACGUAUCAGCACAGUUUCAAGGUGGAUCCCCAAUACAAGUGUCUGAAUAAUGGCCAGACAGCAAUAUGAUGUCACAGUAAAAUUGACCUUUGUCCUUUUAGAUAAAAAAUGUUAUCACUUCAUCAUUUUAUCCUUUUAGACAUUUCUGGGAAUUUAGUCAUAAUUAGUGUAAGAAUACUAGAUUUAUGGUCAAAAAAGGUGUUUGAGAGGUCAAAGUGACCUUUCAUCACCAAAAUCUAUGUUCAGUUGAUCCUUGAGUCCAAGUGGAUGUCUGUGUCAAAUGUAAUAAAAUUCCCUCUAGGUGUUCCUGGGAUAUCGUGCUCACGAGAAUGGGACAGACAGACGGAUGGAACACCUGAAAACAUAGUGGUGCAGCAGUGUAAAAAGUGACUGUGCUGUGGAAACUUCACAAAUAAAAGCAAGGCGGCCAAUCAAAUUUCCAGCAAAGGCAACAACUGUUCUGUGUCCACAAAAGUUUACUAAAUCACUUACUUUUCUUGUUGUUGUCGUCGUCACAUUUAGUAAGCUUUGACUCUGUUUAUUAAUCACAAUGCUGGUGCUGCUUUUUAGUACUGUAAGGCCAAAGAGCAGUCUGUUCAAAAGUGGGCUGACAAUGUAUUUAGCAUUCUGUUGCCCUGACUUACAAAUCCUGAUGGAGUGUCUCCCUGCAUGGCUCCUGGCAGCACUGUCAGCUACAGUGGCAUUUAAGUGGUUUGGUCUGGAUCAGGAUUUGUAUGGCCAACCUUGCAAGCAUUCAGCAAAAUAGAAAAGGUAGAGCUGUGCACAGCCUUUCUUUCUGCACAGUAAUCAUCACUCCUUUCCACAUUUCUGUUACAUUUAGGUUGACAGGUAUGUAAGACUAUGCUUGUAAAACUUCUUCCUCUAGGGAUUACUGGAUGAUGAUUCAAAUCUUCGUCUUUACAGUACGUGAUGACCGUAUCACAAAAUUAAAGGUUUGGAUUUUUCCCAAAAGAAAGGCAGCAAAAAGUUAGUGGUGGACAUUAGGGUUGGGUCGGUUCUCGGUAAUACCAAUUUGGUUCGGUACUCCGUCUUGGACCGGGUUUUUUUUUUUUUUUUCUUGAGACAUACUUGGGCGGAACGUACAUGGAGCGGACUCCGCGGAGGUCCGCCCGGUAAAAGUGGAUGUCUGCAAGCCCUGUGCACGCAAAGCACGACCACGCGGACUCCACUCCGCGCACCAGUGUCACACAAAAGACUGUUCGGCAUGUAUUUCCACAUCGCGGGGAUUUUUCACGGACAUUUUUACAUGGAGUCCGCUCCGCUUAUAGUACGCCCAAGUCUGUGAGCACCU